AUGCGCCCAUCCAAAUACUCGGUCCCAUCCUAUCAGUUCCGAGCUACGCCCGCUCGGGUGGAGUCAUUAAUGAAGAGGAAGAGGCAUGCUAUCGCGCUUCGUUGCGAGAUGGUGGGAGUUUCAAAUGACCGCUUAGCCCUCGCCUUCAUAGGCGCGAUUGAUUUUCUGACAGGUGACGUCCUUAUCAAUAAAUAUGUGCGACCCGUGGAGAAAGUCGUUGACUGGAGAUCUGAGGUUACCGGCGUGACCCGCUUGAUUAUGAACAGAGCAAUCGACGAUGAUGAGAUAUUUGAAGGGUGGCAAGAGGCGCGUCAAAUAUUGUGGGAGUUCAUUGACGACGAUACUGUGAUUGUUGGACAUUCUCUCAAUUUCGAUCUUGAAGCUCUGGGGAUAUGUCAUACGAAGGUGGUGGACUCUGCUAUCGUGGCAGCCGAAGCUGUUUCCCAGCCUGUUUCACCCGCCACAUCAAUAAAUCGCAUGUGGGACCUGAAGGCCUUGGUCAAGGGUUUUCUGACCAUGGAUAUCGAAGUUGGCAAAUCCAGACAUGGUGCCUUGGAAGGUGCAUAUUCAGCGCGGGAUGUUGUUAUUUGGUGCAUCAGGAACCCCGAACAACUGAAGAUGUGGGCAGAAGAUGCUCGAGCUGAAAUGGAGAAGCAGAAACCAGGUGAUGUAUCUACUGACAUGGUGCCAGAAGAAAACCCCUAG